AUGGAUGAUCUGGAGUCACUGGAGCUGCUCUCGCUCGUGUCGCGAGUGACGAACGAGCUCCAGAACCAUCUGGGUAUCAAUGACAAAACCCUAGCCGAAUUCGUCAUUGACCAGCAUCUGAAAUGCAAUGGUGACUUUCCAAAGUUCAAAGCAGGGCUUGACGAGAUGGGCGCCGAGUUCCCACAGAGCUUGAUGGAGAGUAUCGAUCGGAUGGUCCUCACGAUGCAUCCCAAAUACAAGGCAAAGAAAAAAGAGGCCUCGGAACCCGCCGCGGGUGAUACAAUGGAUGAGCUCGAUGCUCUCGAGAAAAAAUCUCGAGUCUUCAAGGGGCUGGCUGUUCCAGAUACAGAGAAGCGCUGGGAGGAAAAGGAUUACCUCGACCCAGCAGAGGAAGCAGGUGCUAUGGAUGAUACAUUUGCUAUGCUGGAGGGGCUAGCUGGAAAGGCUGAAAUGGGGAAAAGGCAUGCUGAUGAGCCGCAUGGAUCCAGAGAAGAUAGGAAGAAGAAGCGGAGUCGCAGCCCUGACUACGAUGACAGCCGCGGACGCCGACACAGAGACCGAUAUCGCUCGAGGUCACGGAGCACACGCCGGCGCAGCAAGAAUGAUGAAUUCGUGGAUGAGUUUGGGCGAUCAAUUGGCCGGUAUGGAGAUCAGGGCGACACCCAUCGCAAUGGCCAUAGCGACCGCCGAAAGCGACGAGACCGAGAUCGAGACCAAGACGAUGCGCACUUCAACAAACCACCACCUGUCGAGCUUGACGAUCAACCGAUCCUCUACAAGAUUUACGAGGGGCGUGUAACAGGCGUGAAAGACUUCGGAGCUUUUGUGAACCUACAAGGAGUUAAAGGGAAAGUUGACGGUCUCGUCCAUGUGUCUGCGAUGCAAGAAGGGCGAGUGAAUCACCCCUCAGACCUGGUUUCUCGUGGACAACCGGUGAAGGUGAAAGUUCUCAGUAUCCAAGGAAACAGGAUAGGAUUAUCUAUGAAGGAGGUCGAUCAAACCACCGGAAUGGAUCUUGUACCCCAACGUCGUCUGGCUUCUGGCGCGAACAUGGAACGUCUUGAUGGGGGAUCUAGUGAUCGAUAUGGAAAUCUCAGCUCGGAUGUACCUGUCAUCGAGGAAUCAAAUGGCCGGCCCAGAACUCGCAAGCGUUUGACUUCACCCGAGCGAUGGGAGAUUCGGCAGCUUAUCGCAUCUGGGGUUGCAUCAGCGGCAGAUUAUCCCGACCUGGAGGAAGAAUAUAAUGCUACGCUCACCGGAGAAGGGACAUUUGAGGAGGAGGAAGACGUGGAUAUCGAAGUCAGGGAUGAAGAACCUCCAUUCUUGGCUGGUCAGACUAAACAAUCCCUCGAGCUUUCUCCAAUUCGUGUUGUCAAGGCCCCCGAUGGCUCUAUGAACCGCGCUGCUAUGUCUGGCACUAGCUUGGCCAAGGAGAGACGCGAAUUGAAGCAACAAGAGGCUCAGGACAAGGCAGCUGAGCAGGCUGCUGAAGUGGACUUGAAUGCGCAGUGGCAAGAUCCUAUGAUUGCACCAGAGGAUCGAAAGUUCGCCGCCGAGAUUCGCAGUGCCCAGCCCAAGCAAAAUGAAGCAGAGCCGGAGUGGAAACGGGUCACCAUGGGGAAGAACCCAUCCCUUGGCAAGCGUACUGACAUGUCUAUUAAGCAACAGCGUGAAAGCUUGCCUGUCUUCAAAUUCCGGAAGCCGCUCCUAGAUGCUGUGCAAGAUAACCAGGUCCUGAUUGUUGUCGGUGAUACUGGUUCAGGAAAGACUACCCAAUUGACGCAGUAUCUGGCCGAGGCUGGUUGGGGUAACAAGGGCAUCAUCGGAUGUACCCAGCCUCGCCGUGUCGCCGCUAUGUCCGUUGCUAAGCGUGUGGCCGAAGAAGUGGGCUGUCGCUUGGGUGCCCAGGUCGGAUACACCAUCCGAUUCGAAGACAUGACAAGUCCAGAGACUGUGAUUAAGUACCAGACUGAUGGUAUGCUUCAAAGAGAAAUCUUGCUUGAUCCUGAUUUGAAGAAGUACUCCGUCAUCAUGUUGGACGAGGCGCACGAACGAACUAUUGCGACUGAUAUCUUGUUUGGACUGCUCAAGAAAACGAUCCAACGACGGCCCGACCUUCGUCUGAUUGUUACCUCGGCUACCCUGGACGCUGAAAAGUUCUCAACAUACUUUAAUGGCUGUCCUAUCUUUUCAAUUCCUGGGAGAACAUUCCCCGUUGAAAUUAUGUACUCGAAGGAGCCUGAAUCCGAUUAUCUCGAUGCGGCCUUGAUCACAGUCAUGCAGAUCCAUUUGACGGAACCCGCUGGCGAUAUCCUUGUUUUCUUAACUGGUGAAGAAGAAAUUAACACGGCCUGUGAAAUUCUCUUCGAGAGAAUGAAAGCUUUAGGCCCCUCAGUUCCUGAGCUAGUCAUCCUCCCCGUCUAUUCGGCUCUCCCAAGUGAAAUGCAAAGUCGAAUCUUCGAGCCUGCUCCUCCCGGCGGUCGAAAAGUCAUCAUCGCCACUAAUAUCGCUGAGACCUCAAUCACGAUUGAUCAGAUCUAUUAUGUGAUUGAUCCGGGUUUUGUUAAACAGAAAGCAUAUGAUCCAAAGCUAGGGAUGGACUCCCUUGUAGUCACCCCUAUCUCCCAAGCACAAGCUAAGCAACGCGCUGGCCGUGCUGGCCGAACAGGCCCUGGCAAGUGCUUCAGGUUGUAUACUGAAGCGGCGUACAACUCUGAGAUGCUGCCCACAUCCAUUCCCAAUAUCCAGCGGCAGAACUUGGCUCACACAAUUCUCAUGCUCAAGGCAAUGGGAAUCAAUGACCUACUCCAUUUCGACUUCAUGGAUCCCCCUCCAACGAAUACCAUGCUUACAGCCCUGGAGGAGUUGUAUGCCCUGUCCGCACUAGAUGACGAAGGUCUAUUGACCCGUCUAGGUCGCAAGAUGGCCGAUUUCCCCAUGGAGCCUGCCUUGGCAAAGGUCUUGAUCGCAUCAGUCGAUAUCGGCUGCUCGGAAGAAAUGCUCAUAAUUGUGGCCAUGCUCUCUAUUCAAAGCCCCUUCUACCGCCCGAAAGAAAAACAACAGCAAGCCGAUGCUAAGAAGGCCAAAUUCCACGACCCCAUGGGUGACCAUUUGACCAUGCUGAACGUGUACAAUGCUUGGAAACAGUCUAAUUUCAACAAUGCCUGGUGCUUCGAGAAUUUCAUCCAAGCUCGUCAGAUUCGCCGUGCGGAGGAUGUCAGGAAGCAGCUUCUAGGCAUCAUGCAGCGCUACAAGCAUCGCAUCGUAUCCUGUGGCCGAGACACCACCAAAGUACGCCAGACAUUGUGUACUGGCUUCUUCCGCAACGCUGCGCGCAAGGAUCAGCAAGAAGGCGGCUACAAAACCUUGGUUGAAGGAACACCUGUGUACAUGCACCCGUCAUCUGCACUGUUUGGCAAGGGCUCGGAGCACGUCAUUUAUCACGAUCUUGUCCUCACUACGAAGGAAUACAUGCGGAUUGUGACGUCGAUCGAGCCCAAAUGGCUUGUCGAGGCCGCUCCUACGUUCUUCAAGGUGGCGCCUACAGACCGGCUGUCGAAGCGCAAGAAGGCCGAGCGGAUCCAACCUCUGCAUAAUCGCUUCGCUGGCGAGGAUGACUGGCGUCUCUCUGCUCAGCGCCGUGGAGGAAGAGGUGGCGGCGGUGGCACAUGGGGUUAA